UAACAUUCGUUUUGACCCCAUCGAGCAUGGCUCCGCCCCUCCGGGCCGCCAUCCGCCGAGGCUGCUUAAGCCACGCCUCCGCCGGCCGGGCCUCUCCUCCCGUAAGGCACCGCCCCCGGGCCAGCCUGUUUUCCUCUACUGGGCGCGAGAAGCUACCCGCAAAGGCUGCUACGGCGCUCGGAACUUGACGCUAUGGGGCUUCCGGAGGAGCGGGGCCGGAGCGGGAGCGGGAGCGGGAGCGGGAGCGGGGAGCGGGAGGAGUCUGGACCCCGGAGCCGGGUGCGGAGUUGGUCUCCGCCGCCCGAGGUCAGCCGUUCAGCGCACGUCUCUUCGCUGCAGCGCUACCGUGAGCUGCACCGGCGCUCUGUGGAGGAGCCGCGAGAGUUUUGGGGAGACAUUGCCAAGGAAUUUUACUGGAAGACCUCAUGUCCUGGCCCAUUCCUCCAGUACAAUUUUGAUGUGACUAAAGGAAAAAUCUUCAUCGAGUGGAUGAAAGGAGCAACUACCAACAUCUGCUACAACGUACUGGAUCGAAUUGUCCAUGAGAAAAAACUUGGCGAUAAAGUUGCUUUUUACUGGGAGGGCAAUGAACCAGAGGAGACCACCCAGAUCACGUAUCGUGAGCUUCUGAUCCAAGUGUGUCGAUUCAGCAAUGUUCUCCAAAAACAGGGUAUUCGGAAGGGCGACCGGGUGGCCAUCUACAUGCCCAUGAUACCAGAGCUCGUGGUGGCCAUGCUGGCGUGUGCCCGCCUUGGGGCUCUGCACUCCAUUGUGUUUGCAGGCUUCUCUGCAGAGUCUCUAUGUGAACGGAUCCUGGAUUCCAGUUGCAGCCUUCUUAUCACUACAGAUGCCUUCUACAGGGGGGAAAAGCUUGUGAACCUGAAGGAACUGGCUGACGAGGCCCUGGAGAAGUGUCGGGAGAAGGGCUUCCCUGUGAGAUGCUGCAUUGUGGUCAAGCACCUGGGGCGGGCAGAGCUGGGCACAGGUGACUCUCCCAGCCAGUCUCCCCCCAUUAAGAGGCCAUGCCCGGAUGUGCAGAUCUCCUGGAACCAAGGGAUUGACUUGUGGUGGCAUGAACUCAUGCAAGAGGCAGAGGAUGAGUGUGAGCCUGAGUGGUGUGAUGCUGAGGACCCACUCUUCAUCCUGUACACCAGUGGCUCCACAGGCAAACCCAAGGGUGUAGUACACACUGUUGGGGGCUACAUGCUCUAUGUGGCCACAACCUUCAAGUAUGUGUUUGACUUCCACGCAGAGGAUGUGUUCUGGUGCACAGCAGACAUCGGCUGGAUCACCGGCCAUUCCUACGUCACCUAUGGGCCAUUGGCCAAUGGUGCCACCAGUGUUUUGUUUGAGGGGAUUCCCACAUAUCCGGAUGUGAGCCGCCUGUGGAGCAUCGUGGAUAAGUACAAGGUGACCAAGUUCUAUACAGCACCCACGGCCAUCCGCCUGCUCAUGAAGUUUGGAGAUGAGCCUGUCACCAGGCAUAGCCGGGCAUCCUUACAGGUGCUAGGCACAGUGGGUGAACCCAUUAACCCUGAGGCCUGGCUGUGGUACCACCGGGUGGUUGGUGCCCAGCGCUGUUCCAUCGUGGACACCUUCUGGCAGACAGAGACAGGUGGCCAUAUGCUGACCCCCCUCCCUGGUGCCACACCAAUGAAGCCUGGUUCUGCUACCUUCCCGUUCUUUGGUGUAGCUCCUGCAAUCUUGAAUGAGUCUGGGGAAGAGUUGGAAGGUGAAGCUGAAGGUUACCUGGUGUUCAAGCAGCCCUGGCCAGGAAUCAUGCGCACAGUCUAUGGGAACCAUGAACGCUUUGAGGCCACCUACUUUAAGAAGUUCCCUGGGUACUAUGUGACAGGAGAUGGCUGCCGACGGGACCAGGAUGGCUAUUAUUGGAUCACUGGAAGGAUUGAUGACAUGCUGAAUGUAUCUGGACAUCUGCUGAGCACAGCAGAGGUGGAGUCAGCACUUGUGGAACAUGAGGCUAUUGCAGAGGCAGCUGUGGUCGGCCAUCCUCAUCCUGUGAAGGGCGAAUGCCUCUACUGCUUUGUCACCCUGUGUGAUGGCUACACCUUCAGCCCCACCCUCAUCGAGGAACUCAAGAAGCAGAUUAGAGAAAAAAUUGGCCCCAUUGCCACACCGGAUUAUAUCCAGAAUGCACCUGGCUUGCCUAAAACCCGCUCAGGGAAAAUUAUGAGGCGGGUGCUUCGGAAGAUUGCUCAGAAUGACCACGACCUGGGGGACACGUCUACUGUGGCUGACCCAACUGUCAUCUGCCAGCUCUUCAACCACCGCUGCCUGACCAUCCAGUAAACAAGACCCUGCCCUUCACCCAGGCUUGCCCCUGCUUGGCUUUGCAAAGUUUUCCCAUCCUCCCUGCCCCCAUCCAGGAGUGCUGAGGGUCAAUGCAGACCCACACCACCUCUCUUGACCAGCUGUCUGGGACUGAGGACCAGCUUUGCCCCUGUGUGGAGGCAACUUCCUGUGGUUGCCAGAUAGAUAGGACAUGGCCCAGGUUAGCAUCAGCUUGCUGAGCUCCUAGACUUUAAGAGCCCUUGGAGCCCAGAACAGGACCUGAAGGUCAUGUCCCUUACUCAAGUUAAGAAUGUAGAGGGCAAGUGAGGGCCUAGACUGAAGCAGGUAAGCAGCUCUGUAAUCCUGUCAGCUCUCUCAGGAAGCACCACUACUUAUCUUGGGUAUGCAUUUUCCCUUAGAAAUGCCUGUUUGUGAGUCCCAGAACAAUUGAUUAUUAUUUUUUUAAAUACUUUGCUGGUUCUGUUCUGGAUCUAAAUUCCCUUUUGUGCCAGAUGGCAGUGCUUUUCUGCCCAUUUGCUUCAGGGGCUGUGCAGGCAGGCUCAGUUUCCAGAGGGUUUUCAGAUUAUCUGCUGCUUUGCUGGAGUAAAUGUGUUUUGUUCUUAGGGCCAGAAGAGCUUAUCUUCCUUGUCCUCUGUUCCCAUCCUUCCAUGAACAGUCCUUCCCAUAAGAGACACUCUCAGAUGAAAUUCUUCUUGCUCCAGUCAUGCUCAGGCCCUAUGGUUAUAGGAAUAAAGUCUGUGACCUUAAGAAGGCAGUGACUUGUUUUCUUAGGUGUCUUACAGACUGUGUACUUGC